UCAGCGCUUUACAUUAUAGUGGGGGACAGUACAUGAGACAAUACAGUAACAAAACAGUACAGGAGGGGUUCAAGGGCCCUGCUCCUUGGAGCUUACAAUCUAGGAGGGAGGGGAUAGUGGUACAGGAGGAAUUGGCUGUGGGGGAUGGAGUGGUAGGAGGAGUGGAGGAGAUCAGCUGUUAAGUGAGGGUGGGGUAGGCUUCCCUGAAGAGAUGGGUUUUCAGGGUGCGCCUAAAGGUGAGGAGGGUAGCCUCUGUGCAUUUGAUGUCAAACAGAAGUGAUGUCAGCAGGGGCGGACUGACCAUUUGGAAACUCGGGCACUGCCUGAGGGCCCAGGGUCAGUAGGGGGCCCCAUGAG